UACUGCUUCCGUCUCCCUGUCUCCCUCUCCUCCCGCUGGCAACGAGGAGAUCCCCGUCCCGUCUCUGCCAUGACUCCUCAUCCGAUCACUGCGCAAAGGCAGCGGCGCUUGAAAUGACUGCUGGGACUUUGGGUCGCCUUAACGCUCGAUCGAGAGAGGAUCCGCUUGGUUUUUACGUGAAAACACCGUGAGAUCGGGCAGGAAAACAUGCAGGAGAAACUGGCGGAGAAACAGACUCCCACUUCAUCGAGGGCGUCGUCGUUUUUCAUCGAAAAUCUGCUGGGCACUGGGCGGAAUAGGCAGGAUUCUGCGUCGGACAGCAGUCGAGAGGAUGCCAGUGUGGAGAGCGUUUCCAGCAGCCGAGUGCUGAACUCACAUCACGCCUAUACGAGCGCUCCGAUUCCCGAUGGCUCCAGCUCCACAGCCCGGUCCCCAUACAGAGACUCGCCGCUGUGGUACCGCGGGGGGAACAUUGCCUUGAACUCCAGAGCUUUGGAAACACCACACAGCCCGAGGGAUAAUACACACUCACCCAUAUCCACCAGUGACAGAGGUUCACCUGCGGUGUCUGAGCCGAUAACGGAGGGCAGCGACGAAACUGACAGGAAAACGGGCGACAGCAGCCUGACUGACGACAACGAGGACGCGCACAACGGUUUAGACGCACGGUCAGAGCAAGACGCCUCUUCUGACCCGAGCUCCACCCGGAAGAAGAAGACCCGGACUGUGUUCAGCCGCAGUCAGGUGUUUCAGCUGGAGUCAACCUUCGACGUGAAGCGGUACCUCAGCAGCUCUGAGAGAGCGGGGCUGGCAACGUCUCUUCACCUGACUGAGACACAGGUCAAAAUCUGGUUCCAGAACCGGAGAAAUAAAUGGAAGAGACAGCUGGCAGCGGACCUAGAGGCUGUACAUAUUCCAAACUCGACCCAGCGGAUUGUCAGGGUCCCCAUCCUGUAUCACGAAGGACCCGUACCCACUGCAGCGCUGGGGUUCAACUUGAACGGACAUCAAGUGUCUGCAUCCGUCGCGGGCUUCACCAAUUCUAUCAACUACCCUCUGUCCUCGUUUGCUCACUCCAUGAGCUUGUUGAGAUCACAGAUGACCGGCUUGGUGUAAAGACUGACAUAUCAAACGCUUC